CCUUCUUCCCGCAUCCUCCUGUCAUACUCACCUACACCGCUCCUAGCACACAUAGGCUGAGGUAUUCUCCUGCGGCUGUCAUGGUGAUAGCAGGGCCUAGCACCUCCUCAAUAACGCUGAGAGAUGCUGUGAAGCGGCACCCGCGGAGCUCAGCAUGCCGCCUAUCGCUCUGCAGCAUGGCCCCUCGGAGAGAUUGUAAGCAAGCGCUUCCGCGGCCGCCUCCUUCCACCUCCAUCUCCAAACGCAGCUACGUUUCUGGCCCACAAGCAUCGCACCUUCAGGCAUUCCGAUCCAUGGCUAGACCCCAUCACCGGACCACGUACUCCCUCAUCGCAUCUACGAGCAAGCCCCGGCAACAUCGGUCCACAGCAUACCUAAUAUGCAAGUUCACCACUGUCCCUCGCGCUCGUAGCAAGAGCACACGAGCCAGCGUAGAUCGCCGAGUCAAGAGCAGAGAACGCUUCACAGAAGCUCUGGAAGAGUAUCAUGCCGCUUUGCAGGCCCAAGCCCGAGCUGCUCCCACCGACCCAGCCUCCCAGUCACGGGUGCGGUGGGUAGACAGGAUGAAGACCUUGUGGGAGGGCAGCUCAGAACGAGCUAGACAGGCGCAAGAAGAAGCAGAUGAAGACGAAGACGACGAGGAAUACUACAACGACCCAGCUCAUCGGAUACAUCCCUCCACUAGACCCCAAGCCAAUCGAUUUCCUUCUGCAUCCUCCUCCUCCUCCACGGCUGGCAAGGCAGCUGCCGCUGUGAGCUCGGCAGCUGCAUCAAUGUCAGAACAAGCUUCCGACUUCUUCAGUAUGAGAGUCAGCAACACCUGGACUUUUGCACAUCAGAAGAUCCGUUUCCCAGUAGACAAGGAUUGGCCUCCACCGUUGCCCGGAGUGCCUGGCACUAGCAAUGCAGAGGUGGCCGGCACCAGCGAGGCGGACACAUCGGCUGUUCCGGCAUCAUUGUCGUCUGCGCAGGCUCCAAGGGCAGCACCAGUCUCAGCAUUAUACCCUCACCCCAUCACUACAUCGACACCGGCACUUCCGCCACUGGGCCCUCGCUCGCCAAGAGAUCUUGCCGCUCUAGCUUUAGACGUCCAUCGUUUCGCCUCUCGUCCCCUGCAGCAAGUCGUCCGCAAGGGCACUCACAAGUCCCCCGCCGCUCCCCUCAGCAAGUCACUCCGACGUCAGCUGCGCGAGCUACCAGGCUCGGAUGAGACCUUCCACGUCGCCUGGCGAGGAGGCGUCGGUACAGACGAGACCGAGUCGGCUGCCCUCGAGGGCCUUGCACCAGCCGAUAGCGGCGGCACGUUCUUCUGGCUCGCCGAGCGCAACACUCGUCUCGAGUUCCUCGGUGAUGCCCUCGCAAGAGAGAUUGCCAGUCGAAUCGUCUAUCACUCCUUUCCCGAUCUGGCCUCUGGAGGAAUCUCUACUGCUGCCAGCCACCUCACUACGAAUGAUACCUUUGGCUUCCUCUAUGAGCUCAGCGGGAUGGAGAACAUGAGAGUCGGUCUCGCCAGAGAGCUCCUCGGGGAGGCUGUGGAGAGGGAGCGACAGAGAGUUGGGGCACUAGAGGCUCGAAAGGGCUUGAGUGAAGAGACUACAGAGAUCCUGGAAGUAGACCUCCAAGAUCUGGAUCAGGCAGGCAAAGCUGACCGCUUCGAGGCCUACCUCGCCUUCGUACGCCUCACUCACGGACCUCUUGUCGCUGAAGCCUGGUUCUCUUCUCUGCUACGACCCUGGGUGGAGCGCAUCGCCUCUGAUCCCGGCUUUCACACCACACGCAAUAUCUCCGUCGCUGCACAAUUGAGAAGGAGAGCAGAAGAAAAGAGGAUAGAAGUGCUAGAGGCUGAAGAGACGAGGCAGAGAGAGGAGAGGGAUAGAAAGAGAUACAGCGAGAGUCGAUGGGGGAGCUUGGCUAUUGCUGGUAAAGGCCUGCUGAGUAGAUUGCUGGGCCGAGAGGCAAAGGGGAGAGAUGCUAGCCGGGACAGGAGUAGGGAGAAGUAGCAGUCCUCGAAGCCUGCAAAUUCGAACAUUCAGACACUUAGCACUUGGAGCAGCCUUGAUGUGUUGCGGUAGCUGCAAGCUUCGCUGCUAGUGGGACUGGCACCUUGGCACCGCUAGCCGGUCGAUGGUCUCCCACUGGCCUUCAGGGUGACGUCUUGCUGCCCUGUUGGGU